GUAGGUCACAUAUAGCUUAUUUAAGUCGAACGUUGGAAAUCGUGCGAAUAUUUCCUAUCAGCUUAUUUGCAGAUCUACUGCAUCAUUACGAAGGUCAAGUUUGAGUACCGGUGGCACACCUGUUGCAUCUACAUCCAAUGUUGUAAAACAAACUACUGAAGAAACUCUUGGAAGCGAUACAAGUGAUGUAGAAGGCGGAAAUAUGUUCAAAACCAUUAGCAGUAUGCUGUCACUUUCCUUGAUGAUAGACCCCGUCUUUCUUAUUUUCGCUGUAUCUAAUCUACUCACAUCUGUUGGAUUCAAUUCUCCGUUAUAUUUCUUACCUAUGCAUGCCACAAGAGGGUUAAGCCUUGACUCAGCAAGCUCUUCGAAAGUUAUCUCAGUGUAUGGUACGGUGUUCUCAGGCUUGCAGCCUAUAGAGUGUGAUUUAAAGAAUGCCUACAUGAAUGAUCGAAUUCCGUUACUAAUUACAGGAGUCUGUAAUACACUUGGACGAGUCGUUUUUGGGGUUAUUGCUGAUCACCAGCUUCCAUUGCCAUACGGACUCGGUCGGGAUACUGCAAGAAAUAGGCUGUGGAUGUACAAUAUAACGCUUUCGUUAUGCGGCCUCUUCACAACCUUCUGUUUUCUGUGUGCUGGCUUUGUUUCUCUUGCUAUUUAUGCUGGCUUGUUUGGUUUCUCAAUUGCAUGUUAUAUCUGCCUCACUAGCGUCAUUCUGGUUGACCUUCUCGGGCUGGAUAAGCUUACAAGUGCAUUUGGUCUUCUUCUAUUGUGGCAGGGAGCAGGGACCGUUUUCGGUCCUCCUAUUGCUGGAUAUCUUGCUGAUAUCACCUAUGCUUAUACUUGGUCCUUCAUAUUCUGCGGAGUGAAUCUGUUGGUAAGAACAUAG